AUGAAUACUGAAAUUGCUUCUUUUUUUGAUAAUCCAGAUCUUUUGGGAAAAUCAACAUCUUUAUGGCAGUCUCUAAAUUAAGAAAUAUAUGAUGUAAACAUUUAAUCAAUUUUUAGAAUGAUAACAUAGUUUUUGAAUAGAAAUGUUAGAGAGUGGGUAAAAAUAGAAAAUAAUUGACGCCAAUAACAAUUUAAGUUGGAAAUGAACAUUUAUAUUACAUUAAGAAAGAAACUAUGUAUUAGAUAUAAAUUACAGUUGUUAUGAUGACUUUUAUGAAACAUGAAGAAUAUGGUAACAUUAUUAGAUUAUCACGAAAUGGGAGAUGUAUUGAUUUGAAAAUUGAAGAUAGUACUAGUUUUAAGAAUCUUUUAAAUUAUAGAUGUUUAUAAUCUACUUUCCAUGAAGAAUUUGGAGUUACUAAAAUGAUUGGUAAAGGAAGUUUUGCAAAAGUAUAUUUGGCUACAAAAAAAUCUACUGGUAUCAAUUAUGCUGUCAAAGCAUUUAAUAAAGAAUUCAUGUUAGAAUAGUUUAAAGGUAGAGAAUCAUUAGAAAAUGAGAUAAAAGUAAUGAGAAGAUUAAAUUAAGAAAAUCUAGUUAGGUUACAUGAAGUAUAUGAAACAUAAAAUUCUAUUUAUUUUGUAUUGGAUAUUCUAAAAGGGGGAGAAUUAUUAUCUAGAGUGAAAUCUCAUCCUUUAUCUGCACCUAAUUUAUAGAAAUUGAUGUAUAACUUAAUGAAAGCGCUUUGUCAUCUUCAUUCUAAAAAAUGUAUUCAUAGAGAUUUGAAACCUGAAAAUUUAUUAUUAAAAGAAAAGGAUAAUGAUACAGAUGUAGUAAUAGCAGAUUUUGGAUUAGCAUGUUUUUUAAAUGAAGAAAUCUUAUUUAAAAGAUGUGGUACUCCUGGAUUUGUAGCUCCAGAAAUAUUAAUGUAUAAAGAAGGAGAAACAUUUUAUGAUGAGAAAUGUGAUGUAUUUAGUGCAGGUGUUAUAUUUUAUAUUUUAUUUACUGGUAGACAACCAUUUUAAGGUACAGAUUACAAAGCUAUUCUAAGAGCAAAUAAGAAUUGUGAAAUCAAUUACAAUAUUAAAUAAAUAUAAACAGUAAAUUUAUAUAUAUAUAUAAUUUAUAGGCACCAUUAUAAUUAGUAGAUUUAUUAAAAAAGAUGUUACAUCCUGAACCUAAAGCAAGAGUAUCUUCUGAAGAUUGUUUAAAACAUCCAUAUUUUAAAGAAAUAUUUAAAGAAUAAGAUUUAAUAGAUGUAUUAGAAAACUUUAGAGAUUAUGAAAAAGAUUUUCUUUAUGGAUUAGGUAAAUAAUAAGGGUAAUUAUAUAUAUAAAUAUAUUUAUAUAGAGCACCAAGUUAAGUUGGAUCAAUGUAAUUAUAAUCAAGAUAACCUGCUUUAAAUGGAAGAAUUGAUACUAUGGGGUCAUUUUCGAAUGUAUCUAAUAAUGGAUCAGUAACAAGAUUAGAUUAAAAACCAUAACCUUAAUAAAGUAAAUUUAGUUAAUUCAGUUAAUCAAUGAAAUAAUAAUUGAAUUAAGAUACAAGUAAUUAGUCAUGUUAUUAUUCAAUAGAUUCAAAUGUAACAAAAAAAAACAAUUAAUCAGAUUUAAGAAAGACUGCUUUAAAAAAUUCAUUAUAAUAAUAAUAAUAAAUUAAUUAAAUGGGAAAAGAUGAAGAUUGUAUUAAUGAAGAAGCAAUUUAUUUAGAAGAUGCUAUAACCAAACUUAAUUCUUAAAUUCCAAAAAUGGGAUUGAAAAAAACAACAUCUUAUAAGGUUCAAAAAUCAACGAUGGAAUGA